CGGCCUGGUUAGCGCUUGGCAGGGAGGGGAGGAGGAGGCGAGCUAGCAGCGAAAGAACCAAGGAGGACGAUGCCGAGGACGACGAGGACAUGGCUGCUGGUGGCGAUGGUGCUGGCGGCCGCCACGGUGGCGACGGCGAACGUGGACUCGGGCGAGCUGGGGGAGUACUAUCAGAAGCGCUCGCAGGAGACCCGGUUCCGGCGCGGCGGCCCCCUCCAUGACGUCCUCAGCGCCGCUAGUCGCUACCACGAGGACCUCUUCAGUUCCAAGUUGUACGGCACAGGCCGGCGGUACCUGCUGGAGGAGGGAGGAGCAGCACCAUCCGACGCGGAAGCCCCCGCCGCCUCCACCGGCGAUGCUACUCCUAUCCACAAUACGCUCAAGGAUCACGAAUUUCUUGGCGCAUAACGACUGAUUUUGAUGAUUAAUUCCUUACUAUAUUUGCGUACGUGCAUGUAUGUGCGUAUCUAUUACACAAGUUGUAAACUGUACGUACAUUCUUUUCCCCUUUUAUCAUUAACUGGAACCAAUAUGAUCCACGCAUGAAGCCGCUGCAAAACAUGUGUACAAAUGUGCGUAAGAGCAAUUCUCCGAACGGAUGCGUACUUUGUUCGUUUUUUGUCCGUUUGGCUUGGGGGUGUCUGUUCCUUUUUGCAAAUGGAUCGGCCGUGCGUCUAACUGACGGAACCAAAUCUCAUCCUUACGGCC